AUGGCCGCCCGCAACUCAUCCGCGUUCGCCUCCGACGCGGUCCACCAGGCUGCCAUGGCCGUCCCCAAGUCGCCCGUGCUAGACGCCGACCCGCUCCACCAGGCCGCCGCGUCGGGGGGAAUUGACGGCGUUCCUGGAGCGCUCCCGACCGAGCAAGGGUCUUUGACGGCGCUGCCGCCCCUGCAAGCAGCGCCGGAGAUGGCCCUGCAGCAGCGCGCCACGUACAUAACGGAGCCGCCCCCGCCGCAAGGCACGCCUGUGAUGAAGACGGCCCCGCAGCAGGGCGCGUACAUGGCGGCGCCGACGCCCCCGCAAGGGCCCCCCGUGACGCAUCUGGUGAUGCAAGGGGCAAACACGGUGGUGCCGAUUUCCCUGCGGGAGCCGGUCAUUACCGUGCCCCCGCAAGGCAGACCUGUGAUGGCACCUCUGCCUUUCCCUGCCGGUCCUCCAUCCUUCAUCCAUGAUGCCGGAUACAUGAUGGGGCAAUCACUGUUGCCUGCCGGCCCUCAACCCAUGACGGGGCUGCAGCCUCCACCUGCCGGAUACAUGAUGGGGCACCCGCUGUUGCGUGCCAGCCCUUUGCCGAUGACGGCGCUGCAUCUCCCACAGGCUGUACACAUGAUGGCACGGCCGCCUUUGCCCGCUGGCCCCCCUCCUCUCAAGCGUCACCGCCCUGACUACUUCGACAUGCCUUUUGGACCGCGGAUGACUGGUUGUGAGCAGGAAAUGGCUGGAUUUGAUGAAUCAAUGGGACUGCCUUAUGGGCCUUACAUAAACAAUGAGAUGCCUUCUAUUGGUUCUUAUGAACCAUAUCUUCCUUCAGAAGCAUCAAACACCCUACAUGUUGAAGGUUUCCCACCCAAAUGUACUAGAUGGGAACUUGCACAUAUAUUUCGCCCUUUUACUGGGUUCUGUGCAGUAAGGCUGGUCAACACAGGAUAUAAUAGUCGACAUGUAAUAGCUUAUGCUGACUUUGAAACUCCUGCCCAAGCCUUCUCUGCCAUGAAGUCUCUGCAAGGUUAUUUGUUUGACAUGCAUGACCGGUACUCAGUCAAAUUGGACCUCCAGUUCCUUCCUGGUCCGUCCAAGGCAUCACGUUCAAGAUCAUAUUUCUCUGAAAUGCGUUGA